AUGUAUCAGUCCUGUCACAGGGGUGACAGGGUCCGAUCGGCGAUAAGUGUGCCCUCCCGCCGUAGCUCCUUCUUCUCUGUGGGUUUCUCUCUACAAUCCUUCCUUCUCGUUCGAUUCUCCGCCACCGCAUCUGGUCUUCAAUUGCGCGACUCGACUGGCCUGUCAUUUUGUGGAUCCUUUUUCAACAGUUGA